AUGGCUGGUAAGAUUAAAGCCUUGCAGCAAUGGUGUCGAAAAAUGACCGAAGGGUACCCUCGUGUGGAUGUUGCUAACUUUACAACAGCAUGGAGGGAUGGUCUGGCUUUUUGUGCCAUAAUUCACAGGUUCAGGCCAGAUUUGAUAGACUUUGACUCAUUGUCACCUGAGAAUGUAUUUGAGAACUGUAAAAUGGCAUUUGAGGUUGCAGAAAAAGAACUCAGCAUCCCAGCAUUCCUUGAGGCGGAUGACAUGGUCAGACUAAAAGUGCCAGAUAAACUCAGUAUUAUUACAUAUGUGUCCCAGUACUACAAUUAUCUCCAUUCUCUCCCACAGCUUGGUGGUCCCGGUGUGAAGUCUAAAGUGUCUGGAAAGACUGUUUCAGGCGUAAAAAGACCAACAGAUUCUGAUUCAACACAAGGUCCCAUUUCCAAAAAGGCAACAACUGUAGAAACUAAAGAAAAUGCAGCACCAGCAAAAGUAGCAGCCACAGUCGGAGGAGACAGAUGUGGGAUCUGUCAUGAACAUGUGUAUCUGAUAGAGCGGCAUAUGGAGGAUGGCAAACUGUAUCACCGAUCCUGCUUUCGUCGAAGUGAACUGUCGCCUGCUAACAAAGUCUAUACACGAUCACCUUUCAUGUCACCAUCCCUUAGCUCUGAGGCUCAGAAGCUAGUAGUCUCCAAAGCAGAGAACAAAACCAAUCUUUUGUCUAAAGCAGACAGAGAUGGCUUAGUCACCAAUCUUCAAAGACAUAUGGAUAAUCAGCCAGCAAAGGCUGAAUCUGACACAAAAUUAUCCAGAAAACUGGAUUUUGUUGGAUCAAAGCAUCCAAUUGAUGAACCAGUUAGAGAGGAUACUAAGAAAUCCAAAAUGCAACCAAGAAUUUUGUUUGACGAAGAAACUAGAAAAGCACCUACUGAGAAAGAAAAGUCUGCUGCAUAUUCAAGUAAACAGAGUAACGAGGUUAACAAACUGCUUCCACUUUCCGGCAAAGAAGCACAUAAAUUGGAGAAAAGGCAAGAUGAUAUUGGGUCAGAAAAGGCAUUAAAGGAGCAGCCUGGCAACACUAAGUUGAAUAUUUCUGUCUUCUCUCAGCAAAAAAAUAAAACAACACAAGAGAUUCCAGCACCAGCUGUAUCUAUGCCAGCAAAUAACAAAUCACAGAAUAAAUCUGACAAUAUUUCAGGGGCUUCUAAGAUAUCUGUUGCUGCAUUAUCACUUCAGCCACUCACAGAGAGUUCCCAGUCUAAAAAUAAAUCUACAACUGGUAAAGAUAGUCAGAAGAUAUCAAAAGAGGCAGAGAAGCCUGCAGUUAGUAAAGACAUUCAGAAGUCUUCGGAUAAGAAGAAUGUAGAUAUUGCUACAUCAAAAUCAAACCUGUUGCCAGAUAUACACAAUCUUCAGAAAUUAUUCUCUGGUAAACCAGCAGACACUGGUGAGUCUGCUGCACCAAGUUAUCCUAAAGCCAAACCUCGAAAUAGCACAAUUAGGUCAGAAAAUCAGGAAUCCAGUAAAGAUAUGAUGGCAACUAAACCAAAUGAGAAUGAAACUGCGAGACCUAAACCUGUACCUCGCAACAGUGUAUUGGGUAUUUCAGCUCCUCAACAGCCAGAAUUAUCUUCUCAGAUUAAGAAAUCUGCUUUUAAAACGGAAGCUAGUGACAGAUCUUCAGCAUCCAAACCCCUUGUUGCUGGUAUUUCUCUGUCGGUUUCCAAUAAUGCUCAAUCCCAGCUUUCCACUUCUACCACGUCUUCACCAUUUGACAGUACUUACAAAGCAUCAUCUACUGAAAAGAUUUUAUCUGAAACCAAAAUAUCCAUCACAGGAAAAAAUAAAGAUGAACCUAGAAAUAUUCCUUUGAUAAAUCAGCCACACAGCCUUCAGCAGAAAAUUGGUGCAAAUAAAGUCAUAAAUCAAAACAGCAUUGAUUUGAAAUCGGCAAAUAAAAGUGGUCAUGCAAGUGUUUUGAAUGUUUCUAAUGUGAUAAAGACAACAGCUACGACCAGUCUUUUGACAACUAUGUCAGACUCUUCUGUUCGUACUACACUAACCCCUGCCAAACUUCAGUCAUCAACUCCAUUAUCUCAAGUACAAAGUGAAAACAAGUUCAUCUCAUCGUCUAGAAAUCCAGUAAAUAAGACAGUAAAUGACCCACCAUCUUAUUCAGGUAAUUUAGUCUCUCAGACACAAAUGGCACACUCUUCAGCUGGUGUAAACAACUCAGUAAAGUUGAUGGCUAAUGGAACUCAAUCCACUAAAAAGGUUGACAAAUCUGUAGUAACUCAGAUGUCCAAAGAUUCACCUAAAACAGUUGUCAAUACACCCAAGCUACAGACCCCAAACAAAAUGCAAGAAGCAUUAACUGUUUUUAGCUCGGGAAAACCUAUGAGCGGUGCAUUUGGCAUCACAUUCACAAACAAUAGUGCUAAGGAGGAUGCUAGUCUAACCAAACCUGAGAAAGUGAAGGACAGUUCAUCUAAGCCAGCACUGUCCCACAUUACUGACAUCCACAGUAAAGAAAAAACUAUCUCAGACAUACCAUCACAAAACAAAAAUCAAAACAGGCAAGCGAUACCUUCUAGCAGUAAUUUGCUUAACUCGAAAGACAACCAACAGAAAUCUGCAGUCAAAACUAGUCAGUCUGAUUCCAAGCAGACAGAUAAGCAUGAAUCAAAAGGCUUAUCAUCUGUUAAGAAGAGUGCAAUUUCUAUUAGCAAGGAAGACAUUCUGGACAUCAAUAAUAUUAAGCUGAAACGUGUCAUGCCAGAACAGAGAGAGGUUCAAAAUGAACAGAAAACCAGUAUGUAUGAUGUUAAGCUAAAGAAGGUUGAUGUCAUUAAAGGUGACUCCAAGUGGGACAGCAGUUCACAGAAACCUUCACGGUCAGUAGAUGUAGCAGGAACUGGUUAUGAGCAAAAAACUGCAGGUUCUUAUUUUUCCGGUGGUGAAAUAAACAAUGAAGUUUCAUCAAACAAAGGGAUGGACACAAAAGCAGCUGCUUUGUCUGCAGGAGUUUCCAAUUCACAUACAACAACAACACAGAAAAUGACAUCAGAGAUGCCUCAGUGGAAGAAAGCUGCAGAGGAAAAGCAGAGGAAGUUAACAGAUAUUGUAGUCGGUUCUGAACACAAAACUGACAAUGUGAAGCAUUUAAAACAUAACGAUAACAUUACAGCAAUCACAUUUGACAGCAAAACAGGUCUAACUAGCAAUGGAAAAACUAAUAAACGUGAACAUGUUUCUGUGGGAGUGCUGUCACUUCUGAAAACACCCAGUGAAACUGCCUCAACAGAAAAGGAACCUGCAAAAGCUUUGACAACACAGAAAUAUGUAAAUAAGGUCCCACCCACAGCUGAAGAUCCAGGUUUGGUCAAGAAACUUGACUGGCAGCUGGAAGCAGAGAAAAGAAUGGCUGCAAUAGCUAAUUUUGAUAAAGGGAUAAUUGGAAAAUUAGAAAUUACUGAGAAAUCAGAGACAGCCUCUUCAGAUCGUUCAGGAAAUCAGCAAUUACAAAGAAAUACAGCAGCUCAUAAAAUGCCUAAAGAUAAUAAAAACAAUGACAGUAUUAGAAUAAAUGGUGAGACAGUAACAGGCAGUAAUAGAGUUACAGAGAAAACAACUACACAUAUGUUAGAAAAGAGUGUAGUGAAAGCAAAAGAGACAGAACUUAAAGUUACUGUUAACAAAUUGAAAUUGACACCAGUGCAGGAAAUCAGCAAGGAGGUUGAACUGUCUAUUGAUACAAAGCAGACCAACAGUGAAGAGACAGAAGAUUUCAGACAGGUUUUACACCAGCUAAAACAUGUCACAACAGAAGACACUGGAAAGAUAGACUCAGCAAAGCCAGACAGUGAAACAUGUUUACCUUCCAGACAAACAGCACAUUAUGUACAUACUCCAACUGCUCACAGAGCAGUUCCAAACAGUACUGUGAACAAGAACAACAAUAACAACCAAAAUAUUCCAGAUAAAAGUCACAUUUCAGACAUGCAUAACACACAAGUGUUGAAUAAAAAUACAAGCUUGUCUGUCAAGACACCCGAGCUGGAGGAUUUGGCUGACGAGAAUGGAAAUGUGAGAAAAAAUGGCAUAUUUGAAGUGUCUGAGAAUAAGCAUAGCAUGGGAAAAAGCAGGUUUGCCGAGAAGGGAAAUACAUCACCCAAAGUGAAGAGAAAGCUCUCCAUUCCGGACAAUAAGACUAGGGAAAUGCCAUCGCCCUCAUCUCCUACACAAAGAAAGAAAAUUCAGAUCACCUCCAGGUUUGACUUUGAGAAGAGCUCAGAUUUUGAGCACAGUCUAAUAUUAUCUACAGCAGAGCUAACCAUCACAGAAAAUCCUACCCCAGAAAAACUGAUGUCUUCUCCAUCCAGCCAGGUGACGCUGAGUCCACAGCAUAUUUCUGCCAUAGAGCUACAACAGCAGCUGCACAAUAUCGACACCAGACUCACAGAGCUAGAGCUCAAGGGACGUGAACUUGAAAACUCCAUCAGAAAGGUAAACAGCCUGGAUGAGGAUGAUGAUAACCUGAUGAUUGAGUGGUUCACGCUAAUCAAUGAGAAGAACGAUCUGGUCAGGAAGGAAGCGGACCUCAUCUAUAUCUCAAAGGAACAAGAACUGGAGGAUGAGCAAGAGCAGAUUGAGUCUCAGUUGUUGUACCUGAUGACAAAACCAGAUGAAUGCAAGUCUCCAGAAGAGAAAGAGGAAGAAGACUAUCUCAUCAAUCGUAAGAUAGCAUUAGUUGAACAGCGCAACAAGAUUAUAGACAGCAUGGAUGAAGACAGGAUUAGAUAUGAGGCUGAGGACAAGAACAUUGAAGUGACACUGAAAGAUAAAGGUUACUGGAAGGACUCUACUGGGACACUAAAAGCAGUCAAGGGAAAGAAAGUGGCCAAUUCCAUGUUUUACACGUAA